AAUAUAACAUCCUUGUUGUUAUGAUUAUUUUCCCAUUUUUUAUUCAUUGAUUAUCAUAUUCUAUAAUUUGGAGAGUACAAGUUGGCGAAACAGGCAAAUUUCACACGAUUUCAUAUGAGAAUCAUAUUUUGUGAUCAAUUAAAUCGCAUGUGUUCUCAUCUCAAGAUGCGUUAUAAUUAAAUCAAGAGAGAGAAAUUUUCGGAACAGAAACAAAAUUAUAUUCUGUUGUAUAACGCAAGGGAAAUAUCAAAUUAACAAUGAGUCCCCUUUUUUUGAAAUUCCUCGGCAUUUUUAAUUUUUGUUUCAUUGUCAUAAAAAUAAAAGCGAGACAAAGAAUAUCAAAAAAAAUUCAGCAUAUCAGCACGUAUAAAUAAAAUAUCCCCAUCGUUUUUACGUUCUGAGUGUUCGAAUCCAUAUAGACGCAUUGUUGAUUGAAUAGAUUUGGUAGAGAAAUGCGAUGUGAUCGAACUCAAGUUUCGAGACGGAACAAUGUCAGUUGAUACUCGAUAUUGGCUGGGUAGUGCACAGACUGCGUAUAAUUGAGUUUAUAUCGCACAGUGGACAGUUACGGGCGGUGUCUUGUCAUACGAGUUUCCGAACUCUCGGAAGAGUAUAGUUGUCAGAAGUAUACAAUAGCUCGUAUACAUACAUACGUAACACAGGAGAAGCGGGAGAAGGAAAAUUGUAGUUAUUAUAAUUUUUAUAAUCGUUUCAUUUCUUGGAAUUAUUUUUCUUCCCACCUGCAUCGCGAGUGUGUAUUAGACGUACACGUCUACGCAGUUAUGAGCUCUUGAAACAGUUUUUGCUCGGAUGAACGAGAACCGUUAUAUUUCACGUUGACCUUGAAACCUUAAAAGUGGAAAUGGAUCGUACAUCGGAGAUCGAGUAAUUCAACCCCCUGGUCCGCAGAUGACGAAAAUGGCUGUUGACAAUCCCACGUACUUCUCGGUGGCGGCACCCGGUUGUUCGUCCGGCGCCGUUCCCGCCUCGGCCUCUUCGUCAUCCUCGUCGACUUCCUCCUCGUCUUCGUCGUCGCCGUCUCACGCCCGGAGUUUAACCUCGUUCCUCCGACGUAAGGUGGACAAGAUGGGAUCCAACUCGUCCGCUAGCGUGACCUCCGCUUCGACGACGAGCACCAUCACCAAUUUCGAGAGCGAUAAGGCGAGCUGCGCUUCCUCGACGCCCGCGGAAGAGCGCGUCGGUUUGCUGGGCGGCUCGCGUAACGGGUGCGCGACCGCCAACCAGAGCGGCAAUUCUCAGCAGGGAAACGGGGCGCCGAGCGCGCAGAGGAGGAGCUUCAGGAACCUCUUCAGAUCGGUCAGCGCGAACACGGACCCGGAAAAGACCCAGCAAAUAUUGAACGGGGAUCCGCGACCGUCGGACGUCGCCCCGCCGUCUCCCUAUCUCCCUCACAGGUCGCACUCGCAUUCCGAGAACGACAGACGCAGACCCGGAAGGAAAAAGAUACCGAAAUCCGCCAGCGAACUUCUGUCGAACGACAUGGUCUACUGCGGCCUGCCGGGGGAAGAACCGACGACCGCCGGCCUCUCGGUCGUCGACGGAAACGACCCAGAAGUUUUCCUCGGCGUCGACGACGCCAGAUACUACAAUAUCUCCGCCACUCUACCGAUACCUGGAUCGGCCGCCGCCGGUCGCAGGCGACACUCGAUAGGCACUUUUUUCAACAAAACAAACAACAACAAUCAAUCGACGAAGAAGAUAUCUAACGAACACAUACAACAACCCGACACCAUGGCGCCACCGAUACCCACUACGUCUCAGGAUCGAACGAACGAGACCGAAACGACCAAGGAGGCGAAACCUUCCAGACGAAGGAGACACAGGAGCGCGUCCAGCAAAGGAACGAGAAUAGCGCCGAAUUCGUCGAACGUUGCUGCGGAAUCAGCGGCUGACGAUGUCGUUUUGAUUUCCACAAAGACUGAAGGUUCGCUACUAUGGGUCAACUACCUCAUGUCCAAUAUCGCGCACAUCAGGAAACAGCACGGACGAACACCCUUCAAGGUGCGGCAUGUUACUAUCGAGGAAUCUAUGACCUCUGAGGUUGAAGAAAACAUCGGCGCGGCUCAUCUCCGGAUAAUUGUUGUGUGCUCCGUGCUUCUGGAAUAUGUCGAAUCUAACCAAACAAAGGCAGCUACUUUGUCGAAACAACUGGCAUCCGGUAAAGUUUUCGCUAUGAUGCUAGGAGUAGACGAUACCCACGUUACGGAAAGUCACCGAAAAACUCUACUAUCCUAUCCACAAUGGAAGAAAUUCGUUGUCAAGGAUAACGACGCAGACUUUGUCAACGAAGUGAUGACGGAGGCUUUCAACGUGAUAGGGAGUUCCACAGCCCAGGUCACCAGCAUGGAUCAAACUUCCUUCUCGGUGCUGCCGAAGAAGGUCAAAAUGGGUCAGAGUCGGGUCAUCGCCUUGCUGAACGAUCCUCUAGAUCCCGACGAUGCGGUGACUGUGGUCGUUGACAAAUGCGGAGAAGCCAUCGAUAUAUCGCACGUAAAGAAGAGAAACCCCUACACUCUUCAGUUUUCCAUACCGGACAGAUGCCUCGAAGUUUCGAUGCUAGUUGGUGUUCGAAUUUCGAAAAAUGGCGAGGCCCUUGGAAUGCGGCAGGUGAAAUGCGAAAGCCGUCUCAGAGAAUUGGAUCAGAUUUUACGAGCCAAUAACAACCCUUUGGAAUUCAUGUGUCAGACUCUGGGCUUCAAUACUGUAGAUCGCGAACAGCUGGACAAUUGGAUGGUCCACGCUUUCCAGCGGAAUCUACCACCCCACUUCAAGCUCCUCUCACCGCCUCCUGGAACUAUGUCAGCCCACAGGGGCCACACGAGCCCCGAGGAAAUACCGACACUGCUCCAUUUCGCCGCAAGAUUCGGCCUGGAGAAAUUGGCUUGGCAACUGCUCGAAUGUCCCGGUGGUGACGAGGCCUGCGAUCUCAAGAACGUGGCAGAACUGACGCCAGCCGAUCUGGCCGAACAAGCGGGCCACGCAAAAUUGGCCCAUGUUCUUCGAGGCUACAUGCAAAUGAACGAGUUCACUAACAUGUACACUUACCUCAAAGUCAUGAGCGAGUCCACGUCGACGCCAACGCCAGGCAACCGCACCCCGAUUCAGGACCACCAAGACACCUACAGUCAACCCAGACUUUUGACGGACGUGUACAUGGUUCCCCCAGCGGCCAGACCAUUGCCAUCCGUUCCUCUGCAACCUUCCGGAAUUACGAUCUACUCGAAUAACACCAGCGAAUCACCCGUGGGAGACUACGCCAUAGCCCCAGCGCCAACACCGGUGCAAGUUCUCUCGCAAUCUACGAACAUCUUGGCUAACAGCUCGGAUCUUCCGUUCCAGGGCUACAUGGAAAUGCAUCCCGCUGUUCGUAAAACUCCAUUGACCCCGACAUUGCCGCGUGCAUUUGUAACGGAAAAUUCCGCACGCAAUGAGAUAGUGCCCGAGAUUGUUGUUGAGCAGAGUCGCGAUGAAUCGACGCCGACGAUAACGCCUACGUCGACGGCGAGAUUGAACGGCUCGGGGAAACCCCGUGAACAGGCCGGGCCACAGGACGAGCUAUUAGAGAUUAUCAACGACUUCAAAAGGAACGUAUUCACGAUAAAUGAGGUUGAGAAACUCGUCGAGGAUUGGAAAAAUCGUAACGAUGUACAGCAAAAUUUUAAACAGAAACAAAGACAGCUAAUCGAAAUGAGGGAUGAGUACGAGAGGAUACAAAAAAUGAUGAAAGACGACAUGAAGAGACCCACGCCCUUUGAUAAAGUGCGAAAAUUCUUCACCAAAGGGAAAAAAGAUCCUAAGGAUACGACACACCCGGACGAAACUUUAGCGGCAAAUAAAUUCGACCCCAACACCCUUGUCAAUACCUCAAAUCGGCCAGUGAGCAGUUUAAGUUUCCAAAGUGUGUCUAGCUCAUCUUCCUCCGGGCGUAUGAGCAUGGUCAGCGAGUGCAGCGGAGCCAGUCUCGGCGAUAGCGGAACUCAUUCCGAUCCAGACGAGCGAAAGCGCGUGAGCACCGACAAAGAUGACGUAUCAUAUUACGGAGUUCCUCCAGCCCCUCGAGCGUAUCCGGCGAGUUAUUCGCCAAUAAACGGACAACAGCGACGACCUCCUCAGCCACCCCCAAAACCUUCGGAGGCUGACAUUUACUACAUUACAUGCCCUCCGUCCGGUUUGCCAAUUCAUUCUUUCAAAUCGAACGGCACAGCCAGAGAACCAGAAACUCCGAACUCUCCAACCGCGGCACCGGUCUAUCUCGAUAUCCUCGAGCUGGCCGCUGAAAAUCAGAACGAUUAUCAGGUAAAUUUCUCUAACACAGAGACUCUCUCCCAGCCCCCUCCGGGAAUGUGCAUCCCUCGAGAGUACAUGAACCAUAAACCCGUUCAAUCGUCCGGACAAAGACAACCGCUGAUAUCGGGUGGUUCGAUUCGGUCGCAUUCCGAUAACUCGGAAGACCCGGUGAACGAAGGGAACGUGGGAUCGGCCUCUUUGACGGAGGCGCACUACGCGGACAUACUGCCGGUUCAGGACACCUCGGACCUACCAGAGUAUACCAACGUUGGAAUAAUGGCUCAGGUUAUCAAGGAUAACAACUCGACAACGUAUAAAAAAAUAGUGCCAGCACCCCCAGUGCCGCCCCGAACCAAGACGUGAGUCUCGCAAACAAUUAUUAUUGUAUAACGAUUUUCUAAACUGAAGUAGAUUAUUGAAAAUAUCGGGUAGAUCAAAUAAUAAGUCGUUGGACUUAUUUUAUUGGUAUCACGAUAUCGAUAAGGUUCCUUUUUUCGAAGCAAUUGUUGUUCACUUCCAUCCAUACCGCUGUAUUUUUUCACACCGUAUUCGCUAAAUGGUGAACCAUUGCAUUUUUCUUUCUGUUCGAUGAAUUUUUCUGUCCCGCAUAUGGUCAGAUAUCGGCAUUUCUCCUUAGACGCUGUGCAUGUCCUGAUCGUUCGUACUGCAAAUGAAUGAAUAACUAGUUGAUUGCGUGUCUGGUGCGCGGACAAUUAAUUCUUCCAUUGCAGAAAGAUAGAUUCUAAGAAGUGUUCGUACCGUGUGAAAAGUACCCACGACUCACUGCAGCUAAUUGUGAGUAACUGAUUGAAAUGAGUUGGAAUUAAUUAUCAAUGGUCAGGCACUUGAAAACCCACAAAUAUUUGCCUAUUUCAAUGUUCGUUGAAGACUUAACUUAUACUGAAUACUAAGGUAUAUAUCAGUAAUUAUGUUUGUACAUAUUUUAGUGUAAGUAUUAUAGUAAAACCUGACGAUUAUUUAUAAUAAUUUCAUGUUGUAAAACGAUAAAUUUAUAAAUGCGAAAAUGACUGCACUUUGCGUUUGAAAAUAAAAUUCCGACUUUAACGAAUGUUUAGUACUCUCUGAUAUACAUAGUAUAACUUUGAUUGUGAGUUAUUCAUUCUUUUUUUUCUUUUUUUGCUUUGUCGUAUAUUCGGUAGCACUGUUACUGCUACCGCUAUCAUUAAUUAUGUUUGUUAUUAUGAUUAUGAUUAUUAUCGUUAUUAUUAUCAUCAUUAUCAUUAUUACCACCAUCAUUAUUAUUAUCAUUGUCACCAUAAUCAUUAUCAUCAUCAUCAUCAUCACCAUCGUCAAUAUUAUCUGUGAGCUUGUAAUUGGAAAUCACUUCAUGGAAAUUUAGAUAUGGUGGUAUAACGAAGCAGUUAGAUAUAAAAGAAUUAUUGUCAUAAUGAGCCAUAUAUCACUAAUAAAAAUAUCUUUAAAACUGGAAGGAAUUACACCGAGUUAUUCUGCGAGCAACGGAUGCAAUUCAGCUACCUAGGUAUACAAACUAAAGUCAAUUAGUGUCAUUUUUCACUAGAAACCAGCGCGAUUCGAGCCAUUUUCUCCACGUGCAGUCAUUGCAGUUGCACGCCAAUCUAGUAAUUAAAAAACAUUCGAUUUACAUUCUAUUAGGAUUUAUAGCGAUACCAUAUGCAUAGUCGAAUAUUUAAUACAUAAGUAAUGCGUAAUGGUGUUAUACUUGCGUGAUCAGCAAUGAAAUUUUAAUGACUUAAAAAGGAUAAUAUUUUUUUUUCUUUUUGUAAAUUAAUCGAUAAACAUAUGACUAACAUGUAAUGCGAUGUCCAGUGAAAGGGUUUUACAAUUAUUCUGACAUAUUUGGGCCCAAGUUGGACAUAAUACUUACAGUGAUGCAUGUGUUCGAAUUCCAAUGUAAAUUUAUUUAACGGAUAAUGUAUAAAAAUAACUAUUUAGUAAACUUGAUAGACUGUAUAUUACCAAAUCUUUGGACAAAUCGUCCAAACGGAAAAAUACAAUGCUAGUGAGCACCAAAUCAAAUUUUUCGACUCUUGGCAUUAGAAAUUUGCCAGAUAUUGUAUAUAUAAAUAUAUAUAUACGUAUAUACAAAUAACAAUAUUCAAUAAUAUGUAAGGUAUAAUCAAUUGACGUAGUGAAAACUACGACUAAUUUUAUGGGUAUUUCUGCAGGUAAUUUAUAGAGAACUAAGGAAAUUUAUUUUUCAAAUUCUCCGAUAUUAAUAAAUUAAUUAGACAUACUUAUAAUGGUUCAGAGUAUCGAAAAAAUUACGAUUAAUUGCUAAUGUACUGCAUGGAUUUUUUAUUUUUCAUAUACAUAUCUUUUGCUACUUUUGCUAAUGUAUUGAUAUUGAUUAUGAAUAAUUAUCAUUUCAUCUAUAUGUAUAUUGUAAUUAUAUUGAUUAAAGUUAAUGAAUUCGGUUACUGAUUUUAUUUCUAAAUUUGAAACGAUUGUUACGGUGUUUCGUGAAGCCAAUGUGCCUACCGUUGAAGUUUGUAUAAUGUUAUACACGUAUAUUAUACUCCAUGUACUAGGAUUAGUCGUAUAUAUGUAAAUUAGUCAUGACAGGCGCCCGUUGCGAUGAUGACUUUAUUUUACAUUUCGUAAUAAAUUUUAAUUAAUAAACACGCACAUACAUUAGGUACACGUCAUUAACUUGAGUAUAAAGUAUGUAAGGCUCCUUUCAUACGAGCUGUCAUUGUGAAUAAUGAUAACAACAUCAGCACCAACAAUAACAAUAAUAUUAACAAAAAUAACUAUAUUCGUGCCUAAAAGUACCAACGAUGCAUUUAUGUACAAUACACGUAUAAAAAAUUUAUAUUAUAUCGUUGAGGUAAACGAUAUUGUAGCUAUUUCUAACAAUAAGAAUAAUAUAUAUAUGAAGGGAAAGUAUAAUAAACCUUGUCGAUGUCACCGGGCCUGAUCUGAGUGUCAAUUUUCCAUCUCAAUAUAUUUGGAAAUAUACUAUUCGAAAAAAUCGUGUACACUUUGAGCUCGAUUCGAUCCAAUCUAGCGGCUAUAGAAUUUUAUAGAAUGCAAAUAUAGUCAAUUUUUCAGUAUUUUUGGCGAUUUUUUUUAUCUCAGACUCCUUUGAACUUAGAAACUCGAAUAAAACGCCAUUUUUCUUCGCUGUCCUUGUAUUUUUGAGAAAAAAAUAUUUAUUUAUUCCAAAGCAGAAUCCAGCUUAGCUAGCAGCCUUCAACCGGACAUCAAUUUCAGCAAAAUUAAGCGUAAUUUCGAAACUCUCCCAGAUGAACGGUUUUAAAAAUAGAUGUCCCGCCAUCUCGGAUGAAGUAGAUGUCUUAUAUUUUUUGUCUGGAUAUACAUAUAUUCUAUUCAUCUUUACCCUGAUUGGAAUUCAGUAGUACCUCUUACCUUUUGAUACAUGCUUCCGAAAUUCGAUCAAUUUAAAAAUAUCGCUAUAUUUUUGGAGAGCUGAAACUUUUUCUUCAUCACUUUGAAAUUAGUGGAAAUUCUCAGAGAAAACUAUACUUCAUUCUAUCCCCGAACCAUCCUGGAAAUUUCACCAAACCCUGAAAUUUGGAGGAUCACAUAUUUUUCAUGAUUUAACUUACUUUCGAAGAAAAAAUUGGCAGCCAAUUCGCUGACCCAGGUGCGCACGAUUUUGCCGACAAGUAUGGAUCUGCCCAUUUAUAUACAUAUACAAGAAUGAAUAGGUGUCAUCCUAAAAUUAACAAGAAAAUGAAUAAAUAAACAUAUGUGUAUGAAUAUAAAGUAA